AAGCAACAAGAUUCUUAGAGAAGAGGAAAGUGUUAGCCAUUGCUGGAAGUGAUUCGGUGAUCAUACCAGCAAAAAUUAGCAACUUUUAAAAUAACUUUUAACACUUUAGUAAAUAUGGCAAAACCUAAAGAAAAAGACCCUGUGGACAUAGUUCACCAGAAUGCUAUUCACGUCGAGACAAUAAUGAAGGAGCUGAGACACCAGAAGCUUUACACGGAGUUUAACAUCAACCCCUUCAAGAAACUGCACAUUCUGACUGACAAGCCCAUGUCCAACAUCACCAACAGAAAAGAAGAGGAAGACCCUGCUUUCCUCCAGGCCAUACAUGCGGCCCGUCUGGAGCCAACAAAGAAGUACUCUCACCCUCAGACUGAAGCACAAGAGAUAGGGUGGAUGUCCAGUCCUCUACUUGUCUCAGAUCGCAGUGACAGAAGAUUAAACUUUCCACGGCAGAACUCUGAAAUCACUAAAUACAUGGAAGCUGCCUGGCGGUUGAAGGAGCAGACACAGAAUUUGGGAUGACUGUUUGGGCUAUAUUUUCCUGAUGCCAUAUAGCACUAAUGCAGAUAAACCAGCCUGGAUGGCAUCUGUGAGCACUGCAAAGUGGGCAUUCUUUGUUAUCACAAAUAAACACCAUAAAUGUGCAAGUA